AUGGACGCCCGAGAGACCAGCUACAAACUGGCUUCUGCUGACGGCAAUAGGGGAUUUAUGGAGACCUACAAUGACACGACAGCAACCGGUCUCUCCCCUCUCCGCCAGCGCGACACCAGCGGGUUCUCAGGCUCUUCGUAUGAGUCUCGUCCAGGACACUUCCAUGACAGCACGUCCCUUCUCUGUGCUCGCCGUUCUCCGCUUAUCAAAGAGUGCUAUGAAGACCAAUUUCCUUUUGAGCUAGCCGGAGAUGUCCACUACAAUCCCUGGUCUCCUAAUUCGACCUCCGCACCCGCCUGGUGUCCUUCAGAGCCAUCUCCCAGUCUCCUCCUCAACAGCGAAUACGGAGGCGCGCCAGCCUUCCUGAUGGGGUACGGUGCCGACAACAUCAGCAGCGAAUAUGAAGCCCAGUUACCCUGGCCAGAAUCAGAACCCUUUCCCCCUCGUGCGGACAUGGCCAACUUUGACGAUGAUGUUGAUCCGUUUGGAGUCACCUACUAUACUCCCCGUGGUGUAGAUGGUGCCCCAGACUCUAUUUGCGACCCAAAUCUGACUGCAGCCGGAAGAAGCACGUCAAACCGUUCAGCUCAACAAUCGGUUUCUGAAGCGUCGCCCAACGUCAUCCCUUUCCGAAGCUUCAACAGACUGGGUUUCCCAGGGCAGACAGCUCCGGUAAUGGUGACAAUGCGCGAAGCAGAAGCAUCAAUGCCGACAUCCAUGAUGCUACAACCACUCGACCAGUCGCUAAACCCGCCGUCUCCUCUAUCCGUCAUUUCGCCCCCGGUUUCCCUCACAUCGUCAACCCGCAAACGCAACAUCUCCGUGGCCGGACUCGAAAAGAGCCCUGUGGCCCCUAAGAAACGCGUCAUCAAACCCCAGCUGACAGCAAAAGUCAACAACAGCGAGGAUUUUGAGAUCCAAAAGGACAGCGAAUUACCACCCACGGGCACCUACAAGGCGUACUUUCAUACCGUCGAUGUGGCCAGGAAGAAGCUGCAGCGGCUUCUCGAGCUGUAUCGGAAGCCCAGGGAGAGCUGUAGUUUUCCCUCCACCGAUGACACGUUUCCCACCAGCGGCGAGGACAAGAUGACUUAUAUCAGGAACCUAUUUGAUGCCAUCAACGACUGGUCUAAUUUCAGAGAGUGGCCGCAGGCUCUCAAGACGGAGGAGCGCAACCGAAUCAUGGACAACAUACGCCGCAAACAGGCCGGCAAUGGCGAUGCGGGAGCGGAUGUUUCGCUCGACGACAUGCGCCCCAGCCAAGAAGAGCUCGAAUCCAUCCUUCCGCCCCUCCAGGACCAGCAGAAGAGGAUCUUGGGACGCUUGCUUAGCGAUCAGACGAUCGAGUGGCUUUGUUGGGAGCUCAUUCGUGUGGAGGCAAUGUGUUAUGCUCUAAGGAAAUCAAAACAACUCGUCAAAUCUCUCCUCUCCGCAGGCGACGGCUGGAAGCUCCGCAUCGCCAACAAUCCCCAAGGAGAGCUUGGCCACAAGGGCAACAAUAUGAAGGUCAACAUGAACAAGAACCGCAAACUGCGCCAAAUCACACAGGGCACACGAACGGCUCCCCGCCAGAAAUCCGCACCCAAGCAAUCACAGAAAUAA